UGUAGAUAAUUUUAGUCAAUCAUCAUCGAAUAAUAAUCAACAAUCGAUUAUAUUAUAUCAAGAUCUCUAUAAACAUUCGAACAUUUUUUUUGGACCGAAACAAAACGAUCUUCAUCAUCAUCAUCACUUCCAUUUCUUCCAUUAUCAACUGAACCAAAUUCUUUGAUUAUUAAACAUUAGAAUUUUCAGUACAAGAAAUUACAAAACAACAACAACAACAACAAUGGAUCAAGAUACAUUAUUAUCCAUAUCACAUCUGCAUAAACAAUUUGCCGAUAUUAAACAAAAUGCACCAUCAAUUGGUUCAUCACAAUCGGCAAAUGAAUUACAUGAACAAAAAAUUUAUAACAUUUUACCAUUAUUUUGUAAAAUAUUCAACAACAACAACAACAACAAUUAUCAACAACAACAACAGACAGAAAAUUCGAAUGAAUCGAUUGCUCAACAACAACAACAACAACAACCAAAUAUCGAUAUAUUCGAAACAUUUGCUGAUGCAACAUCAUUCACACAAAUGGUAUCACGAUUAAUGGUCACUGAAAUAAGACGUCGUGCAUCGAAUAAAACCACCGAAUUAGCAUCAUUAGCGAUUGUGGAAUUUUUAGAAAUAAGUCCAACGGUUACAAAUAUUCCGGCAAAUAAAAAAGGAUGGAUCCUAUUGUCUACGUUGAAUAUACUGGUAUCAUUUAAUUCAUCACAAUUGAUUGCCAUAAUGACAAACAAUUCAUUGGCAUCAACAUUGGUUAAAUGUCUUUAUCUUUUCUUUGAUUUACCACCAUUUGAUGAUGAUGAUGAUGAUGAAGAUGAAAAAUCAAACAACAAUAAUGAUUAUUAUCUAUCCAUUGGUGAACGUCGUCAAUUAUUACAAAAAGUUUUUUCACAAUUAUUACAACGAUUAUGUACAUCACCAACAGCAUUGAAUGAUUUGACUAGAAAAGAUGAUUUAAUAUUAUUAUUCAAUGUGAUUACAUCAUGGUGUCCAGAACAUAAUAGAAUGUGGCGUAAAACAGCCGCCGAUACAAUCAUAACGAUGGCCAAACAUGGCAAUAUAAAUGUUGAUUAUUUACAUUCGAAAAAUUGUAUCCAUUUAUUUGUGGAAAAUGUACAAAGAAUAUUGGAAUUAGGCACAGCACCGAAUAAUGAAAUAUUAUUGAUGAUACGUACAUUUAUUGGAUUCAUGUUUGAAUAUGUCCACUAUUAUUAUCAACAUUCAUCGAUUACAAACAAUUCAAAUGUUGCCAUACAGAUUUUAUUGGAUGAUUUUAAUGAAUGUUUUGGUUAUCAAUUUUUUGUCGAUUUUGGAACACGUUUAGAACAAUCUGAAGAUUUUGAUUUAUUAUCAGAUUUUUUAAUAUUAAUCUGUUUGUUCACGAAAAUUGGUGCAACACAAUUGAAACCACGGCCAUUAUCAGUGAAUCAAGUGUUUAUUAUUGAAAAUUUUUCCAUACCAAAACCAUCGAUAAAGAAUUCGAUAAAAAAUUUAAAAGCAUUCAGUAUUUAUGUAUCAUUAUGGCAAAAAUCACGUACAAUAGAAUUACAGCGAAUGAUAUUGAAUCAGAUACAAAAAAUUUAUGCCGAAGAUAAAGCCAAUUAUUUUCUACUUGAAUCACAGAAUACAUUAAGUUCAUUUGCCGAUCAAUUGGAAGAGAAAAAUGAAACAAUACAAUCGAUAUAUUAUUCAUUAUUAGAAUAUAUUGUCACUGAAUUGAAUUAUGUUCCAUGUAAAGAAUUGAUAACCAUUGGUAUGAUAUUGAAAAAACAAAAUUCAACACCACAAAGUUCAUUAUUGGCAUUGAAAUCAUUGAAUUCAAUGUUAAAAUUGAAUACAAUAUUCAAAGAAGUAUUUCGUGAAGUUGGUCUUGUCGAUAUACUUUGUACGACAUUUAAUUCAUUUAUUGAAAUUCUUGAACAACAACAACAACAACAACAACAACAGAUUGAAAUAAAUCUAACUGAAUUAUUGGAAAUUCUCAUACAGCUAUUGUUGAUUGGUGGUGGUGGAUCAUCAGUGAAUCAAAAUUGUCAAAUAUUUCAUGAUCUUGAUUCAUCAACACAUACAUUUCAAUUGAUUAAAAUACUUACCACUAGUAGUAGCAGUGGCAACAAUUCCGGUAGAAAUAGUUCAUUAUCAUCAUCUGGUGGAAAUAGUGGUAAAGAAUCAUCACGAAGUAAUAAUAAUCAUCGUGAAUCAAUCAAUAAAUCCAUUCGUAAACGUGCAUUCACAUUGAUACAACAAUUAAUAUUAUCGAAUAAUAGUGAAGAAAAUUUAUCACAAUUAUUAGUACUAUUACAUCGUGAUCGAAAUUCAUUCAAUAGUGUACAAGAAAUGUUGAGUUUAAAAUUAUCCGUUUUAAAAUCAUUACUUAUUGUAUUGAGUGAAAAUCAUCGUGUUCGUGCCCUAUUCCGUAAGAUUGGUGGAUUCGUAUCCGUCAUAUCGGUUAUUGUUUAUAUGGAAAAUUAUCUUAUUGAAAUACCAUCAUCAUCCAUACAUUCAUUUGAUAGUCGACAAAUAUGGAAUCUAUUGCGUUUUGUUUUCGCAAUGUUAACAACAGCAAUGCGUUUUGAACCGGCAAAUUCCAAAUAUUUUGCUCAAGAAAUUUGUUCACCAAGUUUUACCGAUUCAUUACGUUUAUUAGGCUGUUUUGAUGAAUUACAAUUUGGUUGGAGAAAAUCAACAAAAAUGAAACAAGAACAACAACAGCAACAAGAAGAAGAAACGAAAAAUUAUCAAAAAUUAUUCGAAUCAAAUGUUGAUGAAUUACAAUCGAAUAGAAAAUAUUCGAAAAAUGAAUGUGCUUGUGUUCUAAUGAGAUUAUUAUAUGAUAUGGCCAUGGAUUCAUUGGAUCGAAAUAUUGGUAGUAAUAAGACUGGAACACAUCAACAACAACAACAGCCAAAACAAUCGACAAAUAUAAUUGAAACAAAUAUCAUUAUUUAUCCAUGCAUCAUUGAUUCAAUAUUUCAAUUAUUGAAAUUCAUUGAAUCUGGUCGAUUAUGUAGAUUUUUGAUGGAAAAAAUUGGUGCAUUAUUACGAUUAGAACGUAAUUGUCAAGCAAUUUGUGAAACUGGAUUAGUUACCGAAUUAAUGAAUUCAGCAUAUGUGGAUAUUUUUAUGGAUGAAUCUAAUCAAUUACAUCAAUUAAUACGUUAUAUUUUCGAACGAUUAGCAGCACAUCAUAUACAGGCUAAAGAUUUACGUAUAUUUCUUCGCCUAUCGAAUCCAUUGAAUUCAAUACCAGUGGAUGAGAUUAAACCGAAAAUAUUUCAUCGUGAUCGUUCGAUUCCUUUGUCAAGAAUUAAAUCUAUGAUUAGUAUAUCAACACCACGUGAUUCACAGGAUGAUUAUCAUCGAAGUAUUCAUGGUUCAAAUUUACGAAAUCUAAGUCCACCAUUCACCGAAUUUGAUAUGAAUCCAGAAGGAUUUAGUUGCAUAUUUAUUCCAUCGAUUGCACCUAUUUCGACAGCUGGUAAUUUUUCAAAUGGUCCAUCAAGCCUAUUGACCGGUGCAAUUGUUGGUAAUUCUGAUGUGCCUGUAUUGGUCAAUGGUGGCAUAGGCACCGGUGAACGAGCAUUUCCAUCACAAUCCGGCUUAUCGUUUACUAGUUGGAUUUUUAUCGGUCGUUCAGAUCCAUCGAAUGAUAAUCAUACUAUUAAUGUAUUGACAUUAUAUCGUGCAACACAACCAAAUGCUGAAUAUUCAUGUUUAAAAGCAUACAUAAGUUUGCAGGAAAAAACAAUGACCAUAUCAACACAAGAAUUGCCAAUAUUUACAACGAUGACAAUGCAAAUGAAUCUUGAUUCAGAUCAUAAUGUUCGUUUUCCAGUGCCGGAAUUGACCACUACAAAUUCAUGGCAUCACAUUGUUAUUGUAUUGAAUAGAGCAUUAUUGAAAAAUUCUACAAUCUGUGUUUACAUUGAUGGUUGUCUUCGUUUAUCGAAAAAAUUAAGUUAUAUUUCAUCCAUUGUUGGUGGAAGUUAUGGUAUUGCCAAUACAAGUCCAUUAUAUAUCAAUGCAUUCAUUGGUACACCACCACAUUAUCGGAAACAAGGUUCACGAUUGGUAUGGAAACAAGGUCCAUGUCAUCUGAUUGAAGAAGCAUUAGGUCCACCAUUUGUUUCAUACAUCUAUAUGCUUGGUCCGAAUUAUAUUGGAAGUUUUCAGGCGAUUGCUUAUAAACAACCAUCACAAUAUCAGCAACAAUUACAAUUACCACAACAACAAAUAGCUGAAGAUAAAUUAAUAUUUGGUUUGAAUGCCCGUGCAACAUCGGUGAUGACAUUAUCGAAAAUGCGUCGUGUUUAUUCCAAAUUUGAUUGUAAACAAAUUGCCAAAAUUAUUGGUCUUUCAACACACGAAAAUGCUACACCAAUCUAUGUAUUACAUAAUUCAGCUGGACAUCUUUGUGGACCAAGUCGACCAUUAGGUGGUGUUCUUAUCGGUAAUAUUGGUGCACGUUGUUUUGUACCAAAACCAAUUACAUUAACUGUAGCCGAUAUUGGUGGCACAUAUCUAUUACUUGGAUUAGUGGCCAAUGCACAUGAUAAUGAAUCAUUGUAUGCAAGUUGUAAAGCACUUGUAUGUAUUUUUCGUGCAAAUCGUGAAUUACAACUAGAAAUGGAUCGUAUUAAUGGAUAUCAAAUAUUAGCAAUGUUAUUGAAACGUAAACGUUUAUCAUUGAAUAGUCAUAUUCUUACUUUAUUAUUCGAAUUGGUGGAUAAUCUUGAUGCAAGAUUGAUAAUAAAUCAAACGAAUCGUUCACUAUAUUCAUCGACAACCACCAUAACGAAUGUAGUUGCUUCAACUGUCUCGAAUAGUAUUAAUUCUGGUCAAAAUCAAUCCCAUUUAGAAUAUCCAAGUAAUUAUCGUGCAUUUAAAGAAUUAUUUAUCGAUUCUAUUGAUUUAUGGUUUCAAUGUGACCUGUUGAAAUCAUUAUUGGAUCGAAUCAAUGAAAUAAUCAUAAAUGGUUCGACAAGUUCAAGUAUGGAAAAUGCAUUUUUAAUUGAAAAUCGAUUGAAUAUUUAUCAUUUACGUAAAAUGAAUCUAUUAUCAAGAUUAUUCACAUUGUUCAAAGAUCAUAUGGAAUUGAAAGAUGAUGAAAAACUUGUUCCAACUAUUAUGAUAAUUUGUUUCCGUUUGUUGAAUAAAACAAAUCGAUCCAAAGAUCUACUUUGUAUUGGUCAAUUUAUCGUUUCAUUAUUACCGAUCUGUCAAGAUGAUAUGCAACAAAAUAAUGCUGAUAAAUCUGAACCACAACAACAAUCGAAUGAAGUGACAAUCGAUUCAUCGAUCGAAUUGAUAAAUUCAUUAUUGAAAAUUAUAUUACAAUUAAUGAGUCGUAAUACACCGGCAUUAAAUGGUCAAAUGCAAGAUGAACUUGUACGGUCGCUUGGAUUUGAUUGGUUCCUACUGUUUAUUGGUGGUGGUGGUCAACAAAAAAAAUUACAUAUGGAAACAAUAACCAUUGGUUUAGUGAAUUUAAUGCUUUUAUUAUCAAAUCCAGUUCUUUAUUCAAAAUUUCGUGAAGGUCAUUCAAAUGGCCAAUGGUUAAAAGAUGCAGAUUCAUUUAUUGAAAAUCGUUCCACCGGUUUUCAAUUGGCUGGUUUUAAUAUAUCGACAGCAGCAACAAAAACAACGACAACAACAAGUAGUUCAUCAGCAGCUGCUGCAGCAACAACAUCAACAAAACAAUCAAUAACCAAAAUUCAACGUGAUUUAUUCACAUUACCUGGUUUUCAACAUUUAAAUUGGCUACUUACAUAUCAUUUAUAUGAACCAAAAAUUUAUCUAAUUUUAUUUCAAACAAUAUUUGGUCAUUAUCGUACGUUAACACCAAAAACAUUGGAAGAUAUUGAUUCAUUUGAUCAACUAUCAAUGGAACAUUUGUUGAAUGUACUUGUUGUGGAUGUACGACAAUUGAAACAAGAAAAAAUUUAUGGUAAAGAUUUAAUAUUAUCGAUUAUUGGCAUGAUAAAUGCAAUUUGUUGUGAACGAUCAUCAUCAACGAAACGAAAUGAAUAUCCAACAAUAUUGUUUACAUUCAUCAAAUUUAUCUAUAAUCAUAAUCGUGAUUUUCGUAUUUAUUGUCAAACAAAUACAGAAUUUCUUCAUCAUUUAUGUCGUGCUUUGAUUUUCGUACAAUCAGCCAAUGGUUUGAAUAAUAAUAAUAAUGAUAUGAAUGAAUCGAUUGAGUUAUCAUCAUCAUCAUCACAAUUAAUUGAUCAUUCUGUUUGCCAAUCAAUAUUGGAAUUUAUUAUGGCAAUUUUCAUCAAUAUAAUCAAUACAAAUCCAUACACAUUGACAAUGAAUCAAACGGCGCAAUCAUUUUUCAUGAAUAAUAAACCAUGUACAUUAUUCAAUAGUUUAUUGAAUUAUAUGGGACAAUGUCGUCUUGGUCAAACAAAGAUUAUGUCAUUAUUUAUGGAUUGUGUUUGUAAAUCAUUAGAUUGUAAUAAUCAAUCUUCGUCAUUAUCACAACAAAAUGUUAUUUUAAAUUUUCAAAAUUCCUAUUCCAAUAUUGUUGUUCUGAUGUCAGCAAUAGUGGAUAAAUUAUGGCAAAAUUGUUAUAUUGAUGAUCGUCGUAAAGUACUUGAUUGUCUUAUUCGAUUAUUACGUGCAAAUUCACCAAAUGAUUCGUCAUCAGUGGCUAUGAAAUCACAACAACAAUCAAUUAGUUCAUUUAAAACAUCAUUGAAAAAUCUUACAUCACAAGUAUCCGAAUUAAAUCUACUAUGUAAAUCAAUUAAUCGUAGUAUAUUGUAUCUUAUAUCCAGGUCACUUGAUUCAAUGUCUGAUCGUAUACAAUUAUUUGAAAUAUUACAGCUGAUACAUACGAAUAGUCAAUUAUUGAUCAUAUCCAAAUGUAAUAAUGAUCCAGAAUUUUUUGCUUGCCUCACUCAUUGUCUGCUGCAAUUGAUACAGGAAGAAACAAUUUGUUUGACAAGCGUAAAAGAUCGAACAUCACAAACAACAUGGUAUAUUGGUAAUAAUUCCGGUUCGAUGGAUAUUGGUACCGAUACUGAUGAAGGUACAUUAUUGAUUACAUCAACAGCUAAAAAAAUCUGGCAAGAAAUUUAUCUAUCAAGAAAAACGUUAUUGGAAGAAACACUGAAAAUAUCACUUACAUCAAAUAAUUCAGCAUUUGGUAUUGAAUCUUGUGAUUUAAGCCGUUUUCGUGAUGUUCUCUAUGAACCGACAUUGAAAUGUUGGUCAAAUUAUAUUGAACAAGAAUCACAACGGUUAAAAAAGAAACCAGCAACAUCAUCAUUAUCAUUUGAUUUACCAUUGCCGAAUUCAAAUGUUUUAACGGAAAAAUUUACCAAUAUCAAUAAAUUGAAUAAUUUGGUCACCAAAUCAGCUGGUGGUCUUGUAUCGAAAAUUGUUGGCGGUACUUCUGGUGUUGUUGGUAGUGCCAUAUCAUCAGCUGUUGGUACAACACGUAAAGAAGUAUUUCGUUCAAGUUCAAGUUCAGAUUCAACACAUUCACCACAUCAUUCUACUCUAAUACCAUUGUGGACAUUGAUGUCAAAAAAUGAUGUUAUGUAUUGGUCAUCGAUACAUGAAUUGAUUGUAAAGAAUUUUGUCAAUUUUCAAGCUAAACAAAAACGUACAUUAGAUUAUAAUCUUCGUAAAUAUGUCUACAAUGAAUGGUUGAAUAGUGAAUAUGAAUUUCUUACCCGUGAACGUACUAUAUGGGGUCCAUUGUAUGGUUCAAAACGUUUCGAUAAAUGGAUGAUGGACAUGACUGAAGGUCCAAAUCGUAUGCGUAAAAAAAUGAUUCGCAAUGAUGAAUUUUAUCUCAAUUAUCCAUUUCGUCCAGAAAUGGAAAAUGCAAAAUAUCCAAAAUUUCGUUCACCAAUUUCAUUGGAUUCAAAAGAUUAUUUUCGACGAAUUCAUUCGGAAAAAUAUUUCCAUCUGGAUAAAGAUGAAGAUGUACAAUCAUUUGAAUAUGAAAUUGAUGAAUUACCAUGUGCAUCGAUCAGUGAUUCAAAUGAAACAUCUAAAGGAUCAUUAUCAGAUUCGAAUAGACCAAAAACAUCAUUAUCAAAUACCGAUGAUGAUUAUCCAGAAUUUGCUGAUCCUUCGGAUUCAUUGGAUAUAUUUGAAGCUGAACAAACAAUUGGUGAACAACAAGUGGUACCUGCGGUUGGUAAUAAUGAAAGUGGAAGUAGCAAUAACAAUAAUAAACAAACACCAAAUAAAUCAGUUGCCAAAGAUGUUGUAAUGCAUGAAGAUAAUAAUGAAAUGCAAACAAUAUUACGAUUAUUGGAAGAAGGAGAAAAAAUUUCACACAUGUUUCGUGUUGCUCGUGUACAAGGUCUUGAUUCAUAUGAAGGUCUCCUAUUAUUUGGUAAAGAACAUUUUUAUCUUAUUGAUGGUUUUACAUUGUUGAAAACAAAAGAAAUACGUGACAUUGAUUCAUUACCACCAGGUGUUUAUGAUUCAAUCAUACCAAAUACACCAAGUUCAAGUUCAGUAUCGGUUUAUACCGGUAAAAAAGUAUGCAAUAAAUUUGCAUUCGAAGAUAUACGUGAAGUCCAUAAACGGCGUUACCUUUUGCAACCGAUUGCAUUGGAAAUAUUUUCAAUGGAUGGUCGUAAUUCAUUGAUGGUAUUUCCAAGAAAUUUACGAAAUAAAGUUUAUGCAAGAUUUUUAUCAGUAGCUGUUCAUAUUACCGAUAAUGCACAGGAUUCAUUGAUGGGACAAAAACGUAAUGUUAAUGUUGAAACCGGUGGUUUAUUGAGUAAUCUAAUUGGUGAAACUUCCGUUACACAACGAUGGGUUCGUGGUGAAAUAUCAAAUUUUCAAUAUCUAAUGAAUCUCAAUACAUUGGCUGGCCGUUCAUAUAAUGACCUGAUGCAAUAUCCAGUGUUUCCAUGGAUUGUAGCCGAUUAUUCAAGCUAUGAAUUGGAUCUAAAUAAUCCGGCAUCAUUUCGUGAUCUAGGAAAACCGAUGGGUGCACAAACACCUGAUCGUUUGGAACAAUUUAAAAAACGUUUUAGUGAAUGGGAUGCCGAUACGAAUAUCAAAGGGGGUGAUGAACUCAUACAAGGUGCAUAUCAUUAUGGAACAUUUUAUUCAAGUGCAAUGAUUGUUGCUUCAUAUCUUGUACGAAUUGAACCAUUCACACAACAUUUUCUUCGAUUACAAGGUGGACAUUUUGAUCUAGCUGAUCGAAUGUUUCAUUCAAUUGGUGAUGCAUGGCUUUCAGCAUCUAAACAUAAUAUGGCUGAUCUGAAAGAAUUGAUACCAGAAUUUUUCUACUUACCAGAAUUUUUAGUCAAUUCAAAUCGUUAUGAUUUUGGUUGUAAACAAAAUGGUACACGUUUAAAUGAUGUUAUAUUACCGAAUUGGGCUAAAGAUGAUCCACGUGAAUUUAUACGUGUACAUCGUGCAGCAUUAGAAUCGGAUUAUGUAUCGGCACAUUUACAUGAAUGGAUUGAUUUAAUUUUUGGUUAUAAACAAAAUGGUCCACCAGCAAUCGAUGCUGUAAAUGUAUUUCAUCAUCUAUUCUAUGAAGGAAAUGCCGAUAUUUAUAAUAUUGAUGAUCCAUUGAAAAAGAAUGCAACAAUUGGUUUUAUCAAUAAUUUUGGUCAGGUACCAAUGCAAUUGUUUAAAAAACCACAUCCACAAAAGAAAACAUUCCAAUCGAAUAUGGUUUCAACACCAUUAAUUUCAUCAUUACCACCAUUAUUAUCAUCUGUAAAUCUAAGUGGUUCAAAUAUUUCAACAAGCAAAGUAUUUAUACAUAAUCUAGAAUAUUUGAAACCAAUGAUGCAUCCAAUCAAAGAACUAAAAGGUGCUGUUGGUCAAAUCGUACAACAGGAAAAAACAAUAUUGGCUGUUGAACAGAAUAAAGUAUUGAUACCACCAUUAUAUAAUCGAUGUGUAGCAUGGGGUUUUGCUGAUCAUAGUUUUCGUAUUGGUCCAUAUGAAUCGGAUCGUGCACUUUAUGUUUGGGAAAGUGAAUUAUUUCCACCGAAUGGUGAAAUUCUUUGCACUACGGUACCAAAUUCUCGUAUCAUAAUAACGGCUGGAACAAAUUCAGUAAUCUAUGUAUGGCGUGUGAAAACUAAAUCAUUAACAUUAUCAUUACAUCAAAAAUUAUAUGGCCAUACUGAAGCGGUUACAUGUUUGGCAUCAUCUUCAGCAUAUGGAAUUGUUGUUUCUGGUUCUCGUGAUAAAACCUGUAUUAUAUGGGAUCUAAAUCGUUUUGUUUUCAUACGACAAUUAGGUGGUGGUCAGGAACUAGUUCAUCGAUCUCCAAUAGCAGCAGCUGCUAUUAAUGAUUUAACUGGUGAUAUUGCCACUUGUUGUUCAACAAUGCUUUAUCUUUGGUCAAUUAAUGGUGAUCUAGUUGCACAAGUCAAUACACUGGAUUGUUCACCAUCAUCAGCAAUGAAUUCAACGAUGGCUUCACCACAACAACAGAAUUGUCCACCACAAAAUUCGGCACAAAUAUUAUGUUUAGCUUUCUCAUCAUACAAUGAAUGGGAUGCCGAUAAUGUUAUACUAACUGGAUCAUCAGAUGGUGUUGUAAAAAUGUGGGCAUUACGUUAUGUUCAAGAAAGAUCACAAGAAAUGGAUGAAUUUAAAGAAAACAUUUCAAAAACUACAUCAUCUUCAUCAUCGUCAUCAUCUUCGUCACCAUCAUCAUCAACAUCAUCAGCUGAUUCAUCUGUAUCGGAAGAUUUAAAAAAUUCUAUUGCAUUAAAUCCAUCGAAAGAUGAAAUUGUUCGACGAUUAUCGAUAGUGUCGACAAAAAAUGAAAAUGAAGAUUCGGAAGAGAAUUCAACAACACCUGUUGAUGAAGGUGAUAAUGUUGAUAUAAAUGAUUGGAAUCAAUCAUCUAAUUAUCAUCAACAACAACAUUAUCAGCAGCACCAGCACCAACAACAACAACUUAUUAUUCGUCCACAGCCUACUAUUGCAUUAACACAUUCAGAAUCAUUUACAGAAUCAAAACCUGAACAAUUGCUACAUGAUACAUCAUCAAAAUCAUCAACGAAAUUAUUAUUGGGAAAUUCUUUACAAGCUGGACCGGUUGGUGGAUCUAUUCGAAAUUCAAAAUCUGAUACAGCAUUAGCUGAAUCAUUAUCGAAAUCGAAACCACAUGAUAUAGAUGAAGAAAAUCCAUGCUUAAAAAUGGGCCAUCGUUGGGCAACAAAAUUAUUAUUUCGUUCAAAAUUAACAAUGCAUACAGCAUAUGAACGUAAAGAUAAUAAAGAUCCGGCAGCCAUCACCUGUAUAGCCAUAUCGAAAGAUCAUCGUAAUCUUUUCGUUGGUGAUGCACGUGGUCGUAUAUUUUGUUGGGCAGUAAAUGAGAAUAAAAAUCUUGCCGCUGAUCAUUGGAUUAAAGAUGAUGUGGCCACAAAUUGUACAAGCUGUUCAAUAAGAUUUUCCAUUACCGAACGUAAACAUCAUUGUCGUAAUUGUGGUAAAGUUUUCUGUGCACGAUGUUCACGAUUUGAAGCAACAAUUGUACGUUUAAAAAUAAUGAAACCGGUACGUGUUUGUCAGAAUUGUUUCAUCUACUUACAACAACAGCAACCAAAAACAACAUCAUCUGGAUAGAAAAAAAAGACACCAUUCUUAUACCGAUGUUCAUUGUUAUUUCGUGGAAAACAACAUCGAAAAAAAAAUUCUAGUCAAAUUUCGUCACAAACACACACACACACAAACCAACGGCUACAUAUGACU